UUUGGAGAAAAUCGUAAAAAAAAAUAAAAUGUUGCUUUAUUCUUGCACUCUAAAGUAUUAUCAUCGCUAAAAUCGUAUACAAAAUAAUAAUUCCGUUUUCAGGUGAAAUCUUUUUUUGUUUGUUGUUAUCUAGCGGGAUCAUUUUUUUUAUUCGACAGAUUAAAUAUAGCCAGUGUUUGAAAUUGAGAUCGGCGCUAUCGACGUUCUUAUUACUCGCCACUCGGCAUCCACUCGAUCGAAGGGACGGUGGCGCUUUGGGCCCUAUUUAGUUUCGGCCGGAUGGUCUCCUUGCCAGCCAGCCAUAUUGCGGAUGCGUGCGCAGUUCGUCACGAUCAACCAUUACGUUUUGUCGAGCUCUCGAAAAAGGACACGAAGCACGAAGUCAUAUUAUUUUACUGUACGAACCUGUUUAUAACAAAGGAGAAUGCGACCAUACUGUCAUGUGAAGACAGGAACAAACAGGCCAAGGUCAGACAGUUAUGCUUCAACUGCCUACGAUCCACCUCUUAUCAAGCCAGAGAUUGUAGGUCGUCUACAUGUCAAACGUGCAGCAAGAAACACAACACAUUGCUUUACAUGCAGGACAAAGCGCACCAGGAGACAGAAUCCACGAAUCAGCCCAGUCAAACAAGCAAUUCUGGCACCGUCGUUUUAACGCAUCAUGUCGCUCCAGAUAAGUACCAACAGGUCAUAUUAUCCACAGUAGUCGUCAAUGUUUAUGAUCAACAUAGUAAUACGCCUACUUGUCGAAUAUUAUUGGAUUCAGGGUCUCAAUCCAAUUUCAUCUGACAGCUUCGCCAAAGGGCUGAAUCUCACUCGGAAAUAAGCUAACAUGUCCCUCACAGGAAUAGAUAAGUCUCAAACGCUCUCUAAGCAUACAGUCAACGUACAAAUCAAAUUAAUUCACACAUCAUUUUCGCGAAACAUUCAAUGUCACGUACUAAAUAGCAUCACUAAAGAUUUACCUCCGACACAUCAAUAUCCGCGAUUUUAAAAUACCAAAUAAUAUACGUCUUGCUGACCCUCAAUUCCAUACGCCAAUUCCAGACACAAUAGACAUGCUCAUAGGCGCUGAGAUCUUCUAGCAAUUAUUACGUAGGACAAAUCCGUGUGCACAAGAAUUUACCCAUAUUACAAAAAACCCAGUUAGGUUGGAUCAUCGGUGGCAAAACAUACAAUGAUGGUCCAGUCAGGUCCGAAAUAUGCAUCUUGUCAAUCAAUCAACAGCUCAACCAAGCAGUGGCCAAGUUUUGGGAAAUGGAGUUCGUC